CUCCAAGCAGCAGAGCUGCAGAGAGGCGUCAGCGGAGCACAAGCUGGCGUCCAAGCAAAGCCCGCUGAAGUGUCCCCCCCUGCCUUUCUUCUCUCCUUCACUCUCUCGUUCGUGGCGACGCUUGUGCGACCACUCACCGUAGCCCGCUCGACGCCAGUUAUUCGCCGUGCAGCUCGCCGGCGACGAGCACCCUCCAGCCUAAGGAGGGGAGCCGGAGAUGUUCUACUCGCAGUUCAUCUUGGCCAAGAAGGGCCCCCUCGGGACCAUAUGGAUUGCCGCACACUUGGAGCGGAAGCUGCGCAAGAACCAGGUCGCGGACACGGACAUCGGCGUCUCAGUAGAAAACAUACAAAGUUGCAAACAUGUACCACAGAAAGCAAAGCAUACUCAAGGUCUGUAUGUAGAAGAAGAUUUUAAGAGAAUUUCAGCCUACAUCACAUCACAUGUCAUAAAUUAUGGAGAUCUCUAAAUUAGAUUCCAUCAUAUUCCCUGACGUUCCAAUCGCACUUCGGUUAUCAAGUCAUCUUAUGUUAGGCGUGGUCAGAAUCUAUUCUCGGAAGGUCAACUACCUAUUCCAUGACUGCAGCGAAGCUUUGCUGAAGAUAAAACAAGCUUUCAGGUCCACUGCUGUUGAUCUACCUCCUGAGGAGUCAACUGCUCCAUAUCACUCUAUAACUCUGCCUGAGACAUUCGAUCUUGAUGAUUUUGAACUGCCAGAAGCUGUGUUUCAAGGCGAUACUGAUCAUCAUGUGAGCACAAAAGAGCAGAUCACUUUGCAAGACAACCCAGAGAAAACAGGAUAUUCAACAUCCCAGUUUGGCCUAGAUGAAAGAUUUGGUGAUGGCAGUUCAUCACAUAUUGGCUUGGACUUGGAGGAGGAAUUAAUUCUGAACAAGGACCACUCAAUUCAUCUCGAGUCUGAUGAUGGUAUUAUUAUUCAAGGUCGGUCAUCGGUCCCUUCUACUGAUAUGGAGAUUGAUGAUAACAAAAGUACAAACAUAACAGCUGAAGGAUACAGCAACAUGGACGGUGGGCCUUCUAGUCAUGUAAAGUUAGGUCCACUGAAUGCAGAUGACCUAGGAGGAAACAGUAUCCGUAACUGGACUGGUUACAAUGUACAGACUCCUGAUUUGAAUGAUAUAUUAUUGCAUAAUAAUGAGGAUAUUGCAGGCCCAUCAACUUCGUACUAUCAACCUAGCCCAUUUACUUGUGAUGAACCUGCAUCACCAGAGUUCAUUAGCGCUCAGGCCCCAGCUACACCUGGUUUAAUGGAAGAGACAGUUCCUUCCAGAGUCCAUGAAAGUCCUGUUCUGAGUCCACAGAGAAAGGCAUCACCAUCAACUAAUGAUGAAACUGCAAAGGCUGACACUCCUGCUGCACCAGCCUCAGAUUUUCUCCAUUCAGCUACAGGAAAUGCCAGUGAUGUGGUGGGUGCUGAGAUGACAGAACUUGGAUUGGCGAAACCGGUGCAAGUUGAGUCUUCUGUUGUGCAGGACUCUGAUGCAUCGGUGCAACAGCACACAAGUGAGGGUUUACCAUCCCAGGGUCAAGCUUCACACUUGGAAGCUGCUGCUGAUAAGUUGGUCGGCUCUGAUGGUAUAGCUGCAUCGGUUGAUGAAACGGUAACUGUCAAUGCAACCAUUGAAGAUGUACCUUUGGCUGUAAAUGAUUCAGAGCCAUGUGUUGAUGGUUCUGCUGGACCAUCUGUGGUGAACCUGGUACAGAUGGAUGGUCCAUUAUUUGAUGCACAAGGUACAGUACUAAGUGCAGAUUUUCAACAUGAAGUCCAAGCAAUGCAACAAGUAGUGGCAUCUAACGAUAGACUGAAUGAACUAUCAACUUCAGAAUUUGCCGAGCCUGAGAAAAUGCUGACAGCUCCGAAUGCUGAAUUCAAUCAUGCGAUUGACUUGGGGCAGAUAACUGCGGAAAAAGGAACAAUUGAAUCUGAUGGAAGUAACAUAAUAGGCAGCCUAACAAGCAGAAAAAGACACCUGGAAUAUAGCUUACCAGCUUUAGAGAGUGAGACCACUAAAAAGUUGCCUAGCCGACCACAUGUUAAAAGAACCAAUGAUUUUGUUCCUCAUGAUGAUGAUAUACUGGCAUCUAUUUUAGUCGGUAGGACCCCUGGGUUCACACUUGAUUCAACACCACUACCACCAAGGGAAUCAUCUCUGAAACGCCCAAGGUUGGGGUCGAAGAUGGGUACACUCAAGAGAAAAGUGCAGAUAGAUGAUGCCAUGGUCCUGCAUGCUGAUACUAUACGGCAACAGUUGAUCAAUACUGAGGAUAUACGGCGCAUUCGUAAAAAGGCUCCAUGCACUCGUUCCGAAAUAUGGAUGAUUGAGAAAGGUUCACUGGAAGAUGAUUUAUUCCACGAGCCCAUCUUUUCCUGCCUAUCUGAGGAGCUAAACAAUUUACACAAUCGGACAUAUGAGACUAUUGUACACCCUGCUGUUCAGAGAAUGGAACUACAUGGUCAAUUAGACAUGCCUGAAACAAUACCAGAAUAUAGAAAUAUUGCUGGGUUUGGUUCUGCUACUAUUGAUGGCCCACUUCACAUACCAGAUGGGAUUCAAUCAGAUGCCAUGUUGUCAGGCGCAAAUGUUGCAUAUGGCGCUACAGCUGCUUUUGGUUUGCAAAUUCCUCCUGACUACCAGGUUAACCGUGCAUCUAAUGAUUUUGUUGUCGGCACUCAGCUUCAAGAGGUGGCUAAACCUUUUAUUGGUAAUGAGCACGAAGUGGCACCUCCUGACAGAGAGCAUGCUCAAGUAGAUACAUUGUAUAGUGACCGUUUUCAAGGUGUUCCAUCUGAUUUGCAGAGGAGUAAUGAUGCAAAUGUUUCUAGUCAAGAUGUGGUUCUAGAUAACUCUGGCCAAGCUUGUGCUCAUGCAGUGGACGGCAUGACAAGGGAGUUUAAUCAUUUUGUUCAUAGAGACGCUAAUCUUUUUGGGAGUACUGAGGUCCCUGCUUCUGAGAUUACUGGGGUGGAAUAUAAUCAAGAUGCCUCUGGUUUUCCUCGACAAACAGAGGAUGACAACACGGUGGAGUAUAAUCAAGAUGCCUCUGGUUUUCCUCGACCAACGGAGGGUGGGAAUGCGGUGGAGUAUAAUCAAGAUGUCUCUGGUUUUCCUCGACCAACAGAGGAUGGAAAAACGGUGGAGUAUAAUCAAGAUGCCUCUGGUUUUCCUCGACCAACAGAGGAUGAAAACACGGUGGAGUAUAAUCAAGAUGCCUCUGGUUUUCCUCAGCCAACCGAGGAUGAAAACACGGUGGAGUAUAAUCAAGAUGCCUCUGGUUUUCCUCGGCCAACGGAGGAUGAAAAUGCCGCGUCUGCUACGGGAGAUAAUUCUGGCUUCCAAGAAAACAACACGGGUUCUCAUAUGGAUCUGGAUAUGAUGAAUGACUAUGAAGUGAAGGAAUGCAACGAUUUUGGGAGUGCGAUUCAUGGCGUUGAUACAGAUUUUCUGAACUAUGGUGACGACGACAACGACGACGACUUCGUCGACGCCGACGAGCCAAAUCCCAGUGAGUUCCAGUCUCUCGACAACAGCGGCUGGUCUUCUCGCACCAGGGGUGUCGCGAGAUAUCUCAAGACUCUGUUCGACGAGGAGUCCGGUCUGGGGAGGAAGAGCGUCGCCAUCGACCAUCUGGUGCGCGGGAAGACGCGGAAGGAAGCGUCGAGGAUGUUCUUCGAGACCUUGGUGCUGACGACGAAGGACUACAUCAGCGUGGACCAACCGAACCCCUUCGACUUUGUGAGCGUGAAGCCAGGCCCGAAGCUGCUCAUGUCAGAGUUCUAGUUCAACAAAGUCAGCGUACCCUGGCGCGAUACAUUCCCUCUUACCAUUGUAUCCAUCAUCACACCGACCAACAACAACACCGCAGAUAUCCCCCCCCCCCUCCUCUUCCAAAACCAUUUUUGUGUAUGUUGUUGCAGUUCCCCUCCCCUGUAGCAUCUGGUGCGCUGAUCCGUUGUUGUUGCCAGGGCGUCUGUCCGAGUAGGAUGGUGGUUGUGUUGUACCGUCGGCUAUCCAACAGUAUAUAGUAGUAGUAUGAUUUUAGCGACACUCGGUGAAGCCCGCCAUGUAAUCUGCUAGGGUUCAUGCUCCCCUAAGUUACUGUCGCUUUAGACUGGCUAAAGCCCGUAGAGGAAUUGUAUACGAGAAGGACAGGGACAGCCCGAGAUGAUGAAUGAUGUAUUGAUGUGCCUGUUGACUAUGUGAGGACUGACGGUUUUAACUCAAUAAUUCAAGUGACCUUUCCUGUGAA